AUGAUGCAAGAAUCUGGGACUGAGACAAAAAGUAACGGUUCAGCCAUUCAGAAUGGAGCGAGCGGUGGCAACCAUUUACUAGAGUGCAGCCUGCGGGAAGUGAGAUCAAACGGCGAGACACCUUCAGUUGAAAUUGGGGCUGCAGAUUUAGCACAUCUUCAGCAACAGCAGGCUCUCCAGGUGGCACGGCAGCUUCUACUGCAACAGCAGCAGCAGCAGCAGCAGCAGCAACAACAAGUUAGUGGAUUAAAGUCUCCGAAGAGGAAUGACAAACAGCCAGCCCUUCAG